AUGAGUUAUCAAUCGAAAAUCAUGCAAGGUUUCAUGCCUCUUGAUCAUCUCCUCUUCACCUUGUUUCUCUUUGGCAUUUUCUUUGUGAAUCAUGCAUGCAACCAAACAGAUCGCAACUCUCUCUUGUCUUUACCCUUCCAUACUUCUUCUCCUCCUUUAAAUUGGUCUUCCGUUGAUUGUUGCCAUUGGGAAGGAAUUUCUUGUGAUCAUAAAGGUCAAGUCACUGAUAUUUGGUUACCCUCUAAAGGCCUCAUAGGUACCAUAUCUCCCUCUCUUGGAAACCUCACAAGUCUAUCUCACCUCAAUCUCUCCCAAAAUUCACUUUCAGGUUCUCUACCUAAUGGAUUGUUUUCAUCCUCGAAUCAACUCAAGGUCCUUGAUUUGAGCUACAACCAUAUAUCUGGAGAUAUUAGAAGUAUAUCUGGCUUGCCUGCCUCCAUUCAAAUUGUUGACAUAUCUAGUAAUCGCUUAUGUGGGAGGAUUGAGCCUUCAUUCCUUCAACGAGCAUUGAGUUUGAUCAAUCUUAAUGUUAGCAACAAUGGUUUCACGGGCCCAAUUCCUUCCUCUCCUUGUAUUCAUUCUCCCUUUGUCAUGCUCCUUGAUUUUUCUCAUAAUCAUCAUGAUGGCCAAGUUCCUAGUGGACUAGGGGAAUGUUCCAAAUUAAAGGUUUUCCGAGCAGGUUUUAACUCUCUCACAGGAUCGCUUCCUUCCAAUAUAUACAGUGCGACAGAGUUGGAGGAAAUUUCUUUACCUUCCAAUGACCUUUCGGGACCUAUCAAAAAUGACAUCUCCAAUCUUACAAAGCUCACCAUCAUAGAGUUAUAUGACAAUAAAUUGAGCGGUAAGCUCCCUCAGAAUAUUGGAAAGCUCUCCAGAUUAAGGUACAUGCUUCUACAUAUGAACUGCUUAAUAGGUUCUUUGCCUCCAUUUUUGAUGAAUUGCACAAAUCUCGUAAAAUUGAAUUUACGAUACAAUUUCUUUGGAGGAGAUAUCUCUGCCGUUAAUUUCUCGAGUCUUCAACAACUCACUAUACUUGACCUGGGGUUUAAUGAAUUCAAUGGCAACUUGCCAGCAAGCCUUUUCUCAUGCAAGUCUCUAAGAUCACUUCGACUCUGCCGAAACCAACUAGAAGGACAAAUCCAACCUAAGCUCCUUCAAUUGAAAUUUUUAUCCUUGCUUUCACUUGCUCACAAUAGGCUAACUAAUAUCACAGGGGCAAUUAAGAUUAUGAUGCAUUGCAAGACUCUGAGCAUAGUUUUUCUUAAUGGAAAUUUUCUGCAUGAGGUAAUCCCAGCUGAUGGUAGUAUUGUUGGUUCUAAUGGAUGCAAUCUUCGAUUGUUGAGUCUUGAUUCUAGCCAACUAACUGGUCAAUUACCUAUAUGGCUAUCUAAGCUUAAGAAGCUAGAAGUGUUGAAUCUAGGUUUCAAUCGUAUCACGGGUUCAAUUCCUGGUUGGUUGUCGACUUUACCAAGGCUCUUUUAUAUAGACUUGUCAAAUAACCUCAUAUCAGGUGAAUUUCCAAAAGAACUUUGUGGAUUGUUGGCCUUGGUAUCAGAACAAGCUAGAACUCUAAUAGAUCAUAGUUAUCUGGAUUUACCUAUCUUUUUCUCUAGCAAUGGUAUCUACAGCCAAUACAAUUAUCUCUCUAACAUGCCACAAGGAAUACUGAUUGGAAACAAUAAUAUCAGUGGCAACAUCCCCGUUGAGAUCAGUCGUUUGCGAUGUCUCCGUAUGCUAAAUCUUAGUCAUAACAAUUUCUCAGGAAGCAUUCCAAAUCAAAUAUCUGAGCUAACAAACUUAGAAGAAUUGGGCCUCUCUGGAAAUCAGCUGUCCGGCGAAAUACCAACAUCACUAGCAAGUCUACAUUUCUUGUCGCAGUUAAGCGUUGCAAACAAUAAUCUCCAUGGAUCAAUACCAUCAGGCACUCAACUCCAGAGCUUUAGUGCCUCUUCAUACGAGGGCAAUCUCGGACUUUGUGGCCCCCCGCUUCCAAAGUGUGACAAUAUUGUUAGCAACAAUGGAGACAAAAAUAUUCACGAUGAGGAAGAUGAGCUCAGAAUCCCAUGGUUUCCGAUUAUUGUGGUUCUCGGUUUCAUUACAGGUUUUUGGGGAGUCUGUGGUCCUUUACUUUUUAGCCGUAAGUGGAGAGUUGCAUAUUUCCAAUUCCUUGACAACAUAAAAGACAGGUUCCACUUUACAACAGCUAUGUGUUUGGCCGGAUUGAGCAGAAGGUCUUUCUAG